GCAUAUGUAUAUACAUGCAUACCUAUAUGCACCAGCACGAAAACAAAGGCACAGGGCCCAACACUGCGGGCAAAAGCAAGGUGGUGCGAUCAGGCGCGCAAACGAAUUAGCACGCCGCCUACGCAAAAUGCAUUAGAACAAACAUGGGGCGACAUAUGUACAUGCAUACACCGAAAGAAAAGUCUCAAGUAAAACUAACAUUUCUGUAUUAUCAAUUUUACAUUUCGCCAAAUAUUGUCAUAUUAACAUUGAAAAUGAUCAAAACAACAGGUUUCACGUUUAAUUGGUAUGAAAACUGUUAAAUCAACAUUGGCAUGUAUUACGUUGUCAUAUCGAUUUCUCAUGUUAAUAUUACAGCAGAGAAAAGUCUCAUGUAAAUUUAACAUUUCUGCUUUAUCAAUUUUACAUACCGCCAAAAAAUGUCAUAUUAACAUUGAAAAUGAUCAAAACAAUAGGUUUCACGUGAAAUUGAUAUGAAAAAUUGAAAUUGUUUUUAGUCGUUUUAAAGUGCAAACUUUGAGAAUAUUUAAUAAAAAACAACUCAGAAAGUUAAUAGAGAUUGUGAAAAUGAGUGAUAAUUCUUUAUUAUUUGGCGAAAAUGUUUCGCUGACUAUGAAUGACGCAGGACAGCAUAUCGUUCUGGAAGCAACGCCUGUAGAAGUUGGUGGAAAUGGAGAAAUCAUAACGAAAUCUGCUCAGUAUGCAAUAUUAAGUGGAAAUUUAGAACAGUUUUCCUAGAUUGUCCAAACUCAAUCAGGAGGAGAUCAGCGAUUAAAAGACUUAUUAAAAGAGAUGAAUAUAGAAGCCGCCUACGACAAGUUUUAUGCUCCUGGAAUCACAUAUGAAUGGCUGAAGUACAUAAACUGUGACAACUUGGCGUUGGUAUUUCCAGGGAACGAAAAUAUCGGUUAUAGAGCAGAACUAAGGAAAAAAAUUAGGCUUUGGAAGCACAAUAACUUUCCAGAAGAAUAUGUUUCGACUCUAAGUAUGAACUCAAAUAUCAAAAAUUGGAUUGAAACUCAAUCUCUUGACUCGCCAGCUACCAAUUCCACUUCGUCUGAAGUCACGGUAACGGUUGACAUGACACGGUUUACAUGUAACGGUAACGUAUUGGAAUGAUUAAUAGCAGCUCAUUUGAUAUAAAUAUUUAAUUAAGUUAGACUCUUUAAUAAAAUCCCAUAAUGAAAAGUAUUUGGAAUUGUUUCACAAGCCCCUUAAACCUAAAUUUCACUUUUUAAAUCAUUAUGUGCGUGUCAUAAAACAAUCAGGCCCUCUUAAAUACUUAUGGACUUUUCGAUUCGAAUCUAAGCACAAGGAAGCAAAAAUGUAUGCAAGAAGUAUUACUUCCAGAAAAAAUAUAACCUAUAGUCUAAGCAUGAAAGCAUCUUUAAAGUUUACAAUAUUUAUAAGGGUCCAUAAUGAUGGGUUUCCUAACCAAACGCAAUAUGAACAAACUGAGCAUUUUCGGAUUAAAGAUUGUAGGUAUUUUAACAAUAUCGUGAAUUUUCGAGAUUUUGAAUCUUUGUUCGCAAAUAAUUUAAAAGUUAAAUCAGUAAACUUUAAGGGAACGACGUAUAAAAAGGGCCACUUUUUAACAAUAACUACUGACGAAGUCAUUGAACUAUAUGAAAUAAAAUAAAUACUUAUAAGUUUAAAUAAGGGGGCUUACUUUCUAGCCCACAAAUAUGAAAUUAUUGGUUUCUUAGAGCACUAUCAAUCGUACAAAGUUGGUUGUAUAAACAAUGUUAUUGAAUUAAAAAAUGUUGAGUUUUUCACAAGCCCACCUAUUCAUUUGUACUACAUUUACGAAGGAACUCCUGUUAUAAGAAAUAAGAAUUUUUAGUACCUGUUUAUUCAUAUUAAAAAUAUG